AUGAUCUCCGCCCUCGCGUGGGUGCCCAAAGGCGCGUCCCGUCGCCUCCCAGAGAAACUGGUGCUCACGGACCGCGAAGUUCAGCUGCUGCAGGAACGCGCCCAUCGAGAAGAAGAGGCGGAAGAGGCAGCAGCUGAAGAGGAGGGUCCGAAUCCGGACGAAAGGGACAGCAAUGGGCUGCCACUUUCGUUCAAAAUGGACGAUUACGACGACGAGGACGACGAUGUAGCGCUCAAGAACUUUAUUGACCGCAGCGCGGGGCCCAGUGCAAUUGACGACGAGGACGAGGAGGACGGCGAGGACGAGCUCAAUGACGUGGUGGAGGACGUGGCUAUGGACGAGAAAGAGACUGAGCACGAGGCACUGGAAAACGAGGAGGACGAGGAAGAGGACGAGGAUCAGGACGAUGAGCUGGAGAUUGACAAGGAAGACGUGGAGAUCCGCCCGACUGACAGUGUGAUCCUCGUGGCCAACACGGAGGAGGACUUUAGCACUCUGGAGGUGCAGGUCUACGACGAUGAAAAUGGAGCUCUCUACGUGCACCACGAGAUCAAUUUGCCUGCGUUCCCGUUGUGCAUGGCCUGGCUGGACUGCGCUCCCGUGCCGCUGGAUCCGAGGACUGGACCCGUUGAUGGUAGCUACGUGGCAGUUGGCACGUUUAAGACUGGGAUCGAAAUCUGGGAUCUCAAUGUCAUGGACGUGCUCGAGCCUUCGGCGACGCUGGGUGGUGAACAGGAUGAAGAUCUCCGGGGUGUCGCCAUGCCCACGAUGUCGAAGCGACGGAAGAACCGCGCAACGGCACUCAAGCCUGGAAGUCAUCAGGACGCUGUAAUGGCACUGGAUUGGAAUAGUAGCCACCGAAACAUGCUGGCGAGCGGCUCGGCCGACUCGACCGUCAAGGUGUGGGAUAUCACGACUCAAAAGUGCUUGUAUACCAUGGCACACCAUAGUGACAAGGUACAGAGUGUGCGCUGGAAUCCGGCUGAAACAACGGUGCUUGCAAGUGCUUCUUUCGACCGACAGAUCGUGGUGCUGGACGGCCGUAAGCCGGACGCGUUUUCUAAGUUCCAGCUGAGUGCCGAGGUGGAGAGCCUGGCGUGGAUACCGCACAGUCCGAGCACGAUUGUCGCGUCUUCGGAAGAUGGGGUUGUAGUAGGCUUUGACGUGCGGAUGAACGGAUCGUCCCCGCUGUUCCGUUUCAAUGCCCACAGCUGCACCGUCUCGGCGAUUUCGUUCUCUGCUCAGGUGCCAGGUUUGAUGGCAACAGCUGGUGUUGACAAGACAGUCAAGCUGUGGGACCUCAAGGAUAAUGCUCCUGUGUGUGUCACUUCGAUGGAGAUGAAUGUGGGCGAGUUGUUUGCGCUCUCUUUCUACCAAGACUCGCCGUUCAUGCUCGGAGUUGGAGGCUCAAAGGGCGUACUAGCGUUAUGGGAUACGUUUGACAACGAAAGUGUCAAGCGCCUAUUCGGCUCUCGCACGCAAGGCUUGGCCACAACUGCAUCCAGCGACAUUUCAGCCUCUUUCCGGUCGCCGUACCAGCUUGGCGAAGAACUAGCACUGGAGGAAGAGUGUACAAAGCAGACACAAGGGAGAAAGAAGAAGGCAGGCAAGAGCAAGAAGAGCAAGAAAUAA